AUGAAAUCAUUCACUUCAACACUUUCAAGAGCCACAAGAAGAAUUGGUUCUUCCUCAUGUUCGUUGUUGGUGGUGAGAUUCUCAGCAUCAUCAAAGGGCUGUUAUCACUCCAAUCAAUUGAUGAGAAAUCAAACUCAAGAAACAGAAGUACAAGAUGCCGAAUCCUUGUCUGUAAGAGUCGCUAAAGAUAUUGAUUAUCAUUUGAACAAGCACAGAUUUGAAAGAAGAUACCUCUCUCAACAACAAGAAGAUCACAUGAAUGAAAUGUUAAAUAAUGGACAACCUGCUGAGGAAAAGCCUUUCGAAAUCAAGUCAAAAUCACCAAAGGAAAGUGAAGUUGUUAUUAAAUUGCCAUUCUCUACCGAUUCUAAAUUGAGAGAUAUCUAUAUGAAUGCUUUUAAUGGAAUGAGAAUUGGUCGUCUUUUGGAAGAUUUGGAUGCUCUUGCAGGAGAAGUAGCUUAUAAACACUCCGAUGGUUUUGAUAAGAGAAGACCUUUGACCAUUGUCACUGCAGCCAUCGAUAGAAUUGAAUUACAAAAGCCAAUUAUUCCUUUCUUUGAUUUGGAAAUUGUUGGUAAAGUUACAUGUACUGGUAAAUCUAGUAUGGAAAUCAGAAUUGAAGUUCACAGUUUGAAGAAGGACUCACCAACAAGUGAUAGCUCAUUGUACAGCAAUACUUUCACAAAUAAUGGAUUGAGUGAACAAAGAGAUCUUGUCAUGGUUGCUUAUUUCGUCAUGGUUGCCUUGGACAAGUCCUCCAACAAGUCCACUGUUGUUCACAGUAUUAGUCCAGACACUCAAGAGGAUAAGAUUUUGUUCGAAAUUGGUAAGGAAAAUCAAACAAGAAGAAAAUUAAUGAGCGACCUAAGUCUCAUGAAGAAGCCACCAAGUGAUGAAGAAAGAUUACUCAUUCACGAUAUUUUCCUUCAAAAGAUGAAGCAACCACAAAUCACAACUGACUUUGAUAAUUCAAAUCCAAACUGUCUCACUGUCCACCAAUUAUCCUUGGAUGGAGGAGAACCUCAAGCUUGCAUGCCAAUGGCAACAACUCGUCAAAGCAAUAUUAAGAUUAUGCAUCCAACUAAUAGAAAUAUUCAUGGAAAAAUCUUUGGUGGUUUCCUCUUGAAGGAGGCCUAUGAGUUGGGAUUCUUGACUGCAUACAUGUUCACUAAACACAAACCAGUUUUCCUUGCCUUGAAUGAAAACAGUUUCUUACGUCCAGUUGAAGUAGGAAGUGUUGUCGAAUUCACUUCACAAAUUGUCUAUGCUGGUGAAAAAUCAUUGGAAAUUCGAUGUGAAAUUUGGGUCUUGGAUCCACCAACUCAAAAGAAGAUGCUUUGUAACAUUUUCCACUUUGCAUUCAACUCACCAAUAGUUUACAAAGUCGUUCCAGACACUUAUUUAGAAGCAAUUUUAUAUCUCGAAGGCAAGAGAAUUCACAACAAGGGCAAAAUGAUGGCCGAAGCAUUGCAUUCUAAACUCGCAAGUUCAUACUAAAUACCAAAUUAAAACCAUAUCCUUUACAUUUAUGU